UUGCAUUUGCAUAUUGUCUGUACUGUGGGAGAUCAGAUAUAGUGAAUGCCGGGUCCGGGGAGAUCAGAUAUAGUGAAUGCAGGGAGACCAGAUAUAGUGAAUGCAGGGUCCUGGGAGACCAGAUAUAGUGAAUGCAGGGUCCGGGGAGACGGAUAUAGUGAAUGCAGGGUCCGGGGAGACCGGAUAUAGUGAAUGCAGGGACCGGGGAGACCGGAUAUAGUGAAUGCAGGGGUCCGGGGAGACCGGAUAUAGUGAAUGCAGGGUCCGGGGAGACCGGAUAUAGUGAAUGCAGUAUUCCGGGGAGACCGGAUAUAGUGAAUGCAGGGUCCGGGGAGACCAGAUAUAGUGAAUGCAGGGUCUGGGGAGACCAGAUAUAGUGAAUGCAGGGACCGGGGAGA